AGCUGACUAGUGGAGCUUUUCGUCUUAACGUUGGAAAUGGGUCUUAAACAUACAUCAUCAGGCUAUUUUUCUCAAAUUUACGUUUUUCUAAACCACACAACGUUCUGGAAUUUUUCUCUAGACGAUGAACUGUACGACAGUGGUGCCAAGGAUGAAACCGAGUCCGAGAACCCGACUAUGAAAGCUCUCUUAAUAAUCGCCUACUCCGUGAUCAUCGUUAUAUCCCUCUUCGGAAAUAGCGUGGUUUGCCAUGUUGUCAUCAAAAGCAAAAGGAUGCACUCAGUCACCAGUUUGUUCAUAAUGAACUUGGCAAUUGCGGAUCUGAUGAUCACCCUUCUGAACACUCCGUUUACUCUGGUGCGGUUUGUCCACAGCACUUGGGUUUUUGGCAGGGCGAUGUGCCACGUCAGUCGCUUUGCGCAGUAUUGCUCCGUGCAUGUGUCCGCUCUGACCCUGGUCGCCAUUGCUGUGGACAGACAUCAGCUGAUCAUGCAUCCUAUGAAGCAGCGGAUGUCUCGUGUGAAAGGCCUGGUGUGGAUUGCGGUGAUAUGGGUGAUGGCUUCCAGCUUCUCCCUGCCACAUGCGAUCUAUCAGCAACUGUUGCGCUUUGAGUAUGGUGAAGUGCGCGUCAUCUGCUUGCCCAGUUUCCCUGCACCGUCCGACCUCUUCUGGAAGUAUCUGGACCUGGCCACCUUCGUUUUGCUCUAUGUUCUGCCGCUGUCCAUCAUCUCAGUGGCGUACAUCAUCGUGGCCAAGAAGGUGUGGGUGCACAACACCAUCGGCGACGUGACGCUGGCCCAGUCUAUCGCUCACCGCCGCCGCAAGCGCAUGACGGUCAAGAUGCUGGUGCUGGUGGUGGCCGUCUUCGCCAUCUGCUGGUUCCCCCUCAACUGCUACGUGGUGCUGCUCUCCAGCAAAGUCAUCCAGGCCAACAAUGCCGUCUACUUCUCCUUUCACUGGUUCGCCACUAGCAGCACCUGCUACAACCCUUUCAUCUACUGCUGGCUCAAUCACAACUUUAGGGCCGAGCUCAAAGCCCUGAAUUUUAAGAGCAGAUAUAAGACUACUCCCCGCCUCAGCUAGUCUGGCUUUAAGGCGACUAGACACUACAGGUGAAUAGGGUAAAAUUGUAAAAUAAUAGACAGCACCAUGAAACUUCCUCAGUUGAUUACUUACACAGGUAUGAAAAAAAAUGUAUUACAAGUUUUUGAAAUUCAAAUGUUUAAUUAUGCAAAUUAGGUAUUCUCAUUAAAUAUGCAAUUUUGCAUAUAUUUUCGGUAGGCCUAGAUAGAUCUGAAGAUAUGAUAAAGCCAGGUACAAAAUUACUACAAAAGUACUUGUGUGUACAAUUUACACAUAAGAUGAAAAUAA